AUGGGAAAGAUCACCUUCUACGAGGACCGGGGCUUCCAGGGCCGCUGCUACGAGUGCAGCAGCGACUGUCCCAACCUGCAGACCUACUUCAGCCGCUGCAACUCCAUCCGCGUGGACAGCGGCUGCUGGAUGCUCUAUGAGCGCCCCAACUACCAGGGGCGGCAGUACUUCCUGCGCAGGGGCGAGUACCCCGACUACCAGCAGUGGAUGGGCCUCAGUGACUCAGUCAGCUCCUGCCGCCUCAUCCCCCAGCAGACAGCCACCCACAGGAUGCGACUGUAUGAGAAAGACAACCACAAAGGGCUCAUGAUGGAGCUGAGUGAAGACUGCCCCUCCCUCCAGGACCGCUUCCAUCUCAGUGAAGUCCGCUCCCUCCACGUACUCGAGGGCUGCUGGAUCCUCUACGAGAUGCCCAACUACCAGGGGCGGCAGUACCUGCUGCGGCCCAGGGAGUACAGGCAGUACCAGGACUGGGGGGCAAUGGAUGCUAAGGCAGGCUCUUUGCGGAGAGCGAUGGAUUUAUACUAA